GUUUUACAAUCUGUUUUUGUUUUGCUUCUGAAAGGUCAUCUUUUCGCAAACUUUACCGGAAAGUUGAAAAAUUGCAGAAAUUUUGAACUCGUUUUCAGGGGAAAAGUACGAAGAGUUAGCGAUGGCUUCAGCAGCAGAAGGCCCCAAAAAGUACGCGUUCCGAGUUCCGGAGAAGCAAGUCAAAACCGCCAUGGACAUGGUCCGUUGGGAGAAGUCGGAAGCGUACUACGAUCUGCUCGGGUUUAUCAGCAGCAUGUGCGUGGCCCUGCAGGGCACCCGACAGACCCAACAGGUGGAGCUUAGUUCGGUGCUGCAAAAGGUGAGCGAUGCGCUCAAACGGUUCGAGCAGCUCGCCAUCGAAACUCCGCCGGUGGAUCAACCGGCCCGGUUCGGCAACCAGGCGUACCGGACGUGGUUCCAGAAGAUGCAGGACGAGAGCUUGGCGUUGAUCGAGGGAGCUCUGCCUGAAGGACUGAAAGAAGCCGCACCGGAGGUUAACGUUUAUUUGGUGGAAUCGUUUGGCAAUGCAACCCGGAUUGAUUACGGAACCGGUCACGAGAUGUCCUUUGUGAUGUUUCUGAUGUGUUUGUUCAAGAUCGGUGCCAUCGAGCGGAAGGAGGAAGUGGCCGUGGGAUUGCGAAUUUUCAAUCAGUAUUUGAACUUGGUCCGGAAGCUGCAGGUCACGUACCGGAUGGAACCGGCGGGAAGCCACGGAGUGUGGAGUUUGGACGAUUUUCAGUUCGUUCCGUUCAUUUGGGGCAGUGCCCAGCUGGCGGUCAACAGUCCGAUCGAGCCGGCCCAGUUUGUGGAGGACAAAAUCAUCGACGAGCGCCGGAAGGAGUUUAUGUUUGUAAGUUGCAUUGAUUACAUUCGGCAGGUCAAGACGGGCCACUUUGCCGAGCACUCGAAUCAGCUGUGGAGCAUCAGCGCGGUGCCGUCGUGGAGUAAAAUCUGCACCGGGCUGAUCAAAAUGUACCAGAAGGAGGUGCUUUCCAAGUUUCCCGUCAUUCAGCACGUGUUCUUCGGGUCGAUUCUCACGUUGGAGUUUGUAAAACCGGGAACGGCGCUGCCAAAUCCGAGGCUCGGGAUGAUUCCGAGAGCGCCGAUGGCGGCACCGCCAGCGCCACCCAAGUUUGCACCGGAAGAACCAAAGUGAGAGAUUUUUUUUUCGCUGAGAUUGUUUUAUACGAUUAUUGAGUUAGUGAUUCUAAAUUAUUAUUGAGUAAUACAAGUUGAAUAAAGAGAUUGCAACAUA